CAACGAAGGAAGAAAACAGGCCCAAACCAAAGAGGUGUGCAGGGAAAAAAUCAGGGGGAUGACUGAAGCUAUCACCUUGCUAAUCCUUGCUGUCCAAACUGGCCUCAUUGAGCUGCAGGUCAUCCACAGAGCCUUCCUCCUCUCUAUCGUCCUCUUUAUUGUUGCUGCUUCCAUCCUGCAGUCCAUGCUGGAGAUAGCUGAUCCUAUAGUCCUAGCCCUGGGAGCAUCUAGAGGAGUUUGUGGAAGCACUUCCGUGCAGUUUCUCUCUGUCUCUUCCUGCUGAUCUUUCCAGCGUACAUGGCUUAUAUGAUCUGCCAGUUCUUCCACAUGGACUUCUGGCUUCUCAUCAUCAUCUCCUCCUCAAUCCUCACCUCUCUCCAGGUUGCGGUGUGCGUGGUGUGCUAUGGUGUAUCAGAGACUGUAUUUGGCGAGUGGAGUGUGAUGGGAAGCACCAUCAUCUUGGUCCACUCGUACUAUAACGUCUGGCUCAGAGCCCAGCUGGGCUGGCAGAGCUUCCUGCUCAGGAGAGAUGCUGUACACAAGAUAAAAAGCCUCCCUACAGCUAGCAAUACACAGCUGGAGCAGUAUAAUGACAUCUGUGCUAUCUGCUUCCAGUCAUUUCUUCCACGCUGGCUGUCUGAUGCCCUCUCUGUCGUUCACAACCAAGAGCCAAUCACCAACUAACCGUGGAGCUACCCGAGGUACACCUGCAGCCAAUCAGAACCCUGCAGGACAGGAAGAAGGCACUCUACUGGAUGACAGGAAAGAGGGAGCGUCAGUAAAGCAGGAGGGAGAUAAUGAAACUGCCACAUCAGCAGGGGAAACCUCCUCUUCCACCUCCCCCACUGGCAUGUCUGCUACCCUGCCCAUCGUCAAACCUCCAUUAUCAUCUUCCUCUUGUUCUUCUUCUCCUCUUGCAACUGAUUCUGUGCUGCACCAGUCCCCUGCAGAUCACCCUUCUGCAUCUUCUUUCUCUACCUCUUACACAUCAGACACACCCGACGCUCCUGCAUCUCUCUGCCAUUCUGUCUCCACCUUUCACCAACCAACUUCACAGGUACUGACCUAAGCAGAGGCGAACCCUGCUAAACCCGAAUCCCCCCCUCAGCUAAAAUCAGACUCCCUUGUGGACAGCCAGGCAAACUCUACUGGUCCAUCAUCACAAUCUAACCCACCAACUCCCCAUUCAGUGGAACCUCCUCCACGUCCUCCACCUCCUCCUCCAUUCAACCCCUGAGCUCCAUUUUAACACACACACAACAUACAUACAUGCAUAUAUAAUUACACAAUCUAAAUAAUCCCCUAUUCUACUUAUCCAGCUGUUUGCUGUUGGCUCUCCCAUCAUGUCCAACUUCAUAUCCAUGUUAUGUUUCAAAUGAUCUAAAACAAUCUCUAAGCAGAAAUUCAUCACUCGGCAUUAAAAAAUGUAAAAAAAGAGGACAAUGAUCGCAGCUUUACAAAAUGUUAGUACUCGUUAGGCAGUUGUCUUGGAGCAGUGAAACGUAUCCCAUGAUAGGUGUAACCCAUGCCAGCAGUGAUUUCAUCACAGGUGCAGUUGUUUUCCACAUGUUCUUUCACAGGGAUUCAAAUUUAAUACAAAAACAGGAUGCACUAAUCUCAUCUCAGAAUGAAUUGGGAAUUUUACACCAUGUCCAGAAAAUGUGAAAAUCGGAUUUCCAUCACGGCUUUUUCUUUCUUUU